GUUUGAGUACGCAGGCGAGAAGAUCGCUUGUUGACGACUACUCAAAUAGUCGAAAGUUCUCCGAUGGAACGAUAUUUCGAAAGAUAAUUGAAUACGAGACGUCUGACAACUACUCCAAACAACACUGGUGGUCGUGGCUGACGGACUGCAAAAAAGACAUCCUAUGCAGAAUCUUCUCUCACUUGGAGUUCAAUGCUGCCCUACGCCAGUUGUAUCAAGUCCCUGCGCUGCUGGAAGAUCUCAACAUCACUGUCUGGCACAAAAUCAUAGCCACACGGAGUGACGAGGAAUUCUUGCACUACAUUAGUCUUAUACUCGCUACCUUCGACUACAUAUGCAUCAAACAAAAACGCCUAUUGAUCGCACUUGACAGAGAAACUGUGAGACAUUUGCAAUCAAGAUGUCCUGGCACGUCGCUGAGUGACCUAAAACAUUUGGAACAUCUAGUGCACAAAAAGCAAAUCUUUCCCAACGUUGAUGAUGCCACCCGGCAAGAGAUUUGGAAGAGAUUGCGUAACACUAAAUAUUUGAUACCCACUCUGGGAAGCUUACAGCAUGACUUCAAAUAUAUAAGAGGCCCCGCAGUGGCCCUCCACAGAUUGCUGAGUCCUACAGGCAGUAGAAGACAGCACCGGAAGACCUUGCGCGAUCUUGCAGAACUGGCGUUUUCGGCGCCACAACUACGCGAGAAAGUAACCAUACAGAUUACAAACGACUCGACACAGGAGAUAACCGGUGAUGAGCACGAUCAGUUCGAGAUCGGAUUUCAGCAGCUCUACUUAUUCGCCAUGAGAGAAUCAUGGAGUCUAGUAAACGAUUGUCCACUCAAAGAACCAGCGAGAGAAAAACCGUUACCAAAGUCUCCAGACCCUAUUGUCUGGCACAAUUUCGCGAAGCUUGCCUACACUCUGGGAUUUAAAUCAACAGAGGUCCAGCGACUAAAGCAAAUAAACCCUUUUCAAGAGAAGGCUCGGCAGGUGCUUCUAGACAAACAUGAAUGGAGCUGCGAAGAUGCACUUAUACAACGUCUCUUGACUGAUACAGAACAGCUCUAUAGAAUGAUGAGUCAGAACACAUCCUCACUGAAAAACGAGCCGCAGAUGCUCACUCAUGGGCCCGGUGAGCCGGUCAAAAGACGUCGAGGCCGGUGCUACGAAAAUGCUUACGAUCGAGACAAGCAACACAUGUUCAUCAAAACUCUCCUCCAGCCUGUGGAUGGAUAUGCAGAUUCAGUGACAUCGCUCUUCGUUCGCAAGUCUGUCCAUCAAGCUUUCUUCCCCUCCUGGAAGAUUGCGCGUGAAGCACCUAUUGUUUCAGAACCAAAAGAAGAUGUCAAUAGCAACAGAACUGAAGAACAGACUGAUGAUGUUGAUAUGCGAGAUGCUGCUGCAAGUAGCCCAAAAGAGGGCACUGAUGGAGUUAUGGCCAGACAGCAGAAUGGGGACACUGAUAUGAUAGACACAACUGCAGUGAGCCGUAGCAGCCAAAGAGGAGAUCGCGUUGACGGAUUUCCAUAUCUCCAUGCAGGUUCGACGAAAACACCUCAAGAGGGCAAUCCCAUCAUGAAUGAAGAGGUGAGAGGCGGCCUAGCGAUAGCUAUGAAUACCGCAAGCACUGGCUUGAUCAAUGAGAGUUCCCAAAAAAGGAGCUUUGCUCACUCUAAUACUGCCGCCGGUACCCUGCCUCCUGCACCACCAUUAGCUCUACAGCUCGUUAGAGCCACCGACGCUCGACUUUCAACAACAAAGAGAACUCGCACUGACAAUGAUCGGGGAAAUAUCAAGGACCGGAAUGGCAGUGAACAUGCAACUGGUGCCAACACUCAGGUGGUCGCAAGAAGGGGAUCCACUUCUUCUAUUCCUCCUACAAAUGCGUUGACCACUGCACCAUCGCUAGAUUUACAGCUCGUCAGCCCUGGCAACACUCAUGACUGGGCAAGAAAACGACCUCGCACUGGCGACUAUGUGGGAACCAUCAGAAAUAAGAAUGGCAAUGGGUACGAGAGUACUUUGAAGCUUCAGCGACCAUCUGAUUUCCAUCGCCACUUACGUGGUCGCCACUCACCUUUGAAUUAUGGGAAAAGCAUUUGGGGCGACACGCAUCCUCAGAUUUCAAGCUCGGUAGAAGUCACUGUCUGGACGGACUUUGAUGGAGAAUGGGAAGAAGUCCAGAACAGCAGGUGCAACAGUAGUGAGCAAGUCCAAGAAGUGAUUGGAAAGUUGCAGGCAGAGCGAGAAUGCUGGCCAGCAACGAAGGAAGGUCGAGGGCUCAUGGCCUCAGAAUGUUAUGAAAUUGCAACGCAACCAGGGGGCGAUUAUCGUGUAUAUGUUACAAAGUAUGAAGAGUUGUGA